AGCCGCUACUCGGAGAAUUUCUCGUGGGCAGCCCCGACACUGUAAAACUGCUGCAACUGAAGAUAUGGUGGUGCUCCUUUGCUUAUGGGUCCUGCUGUGGGAAGAGGCUCACGGAUGGGGAUUCAAGAAUGGAAUCUUUCAUAACUCCAUAUGGCUUGAACAAGCAGCGGGUGUGUACCAUCGAGAGGCUCGGGCUGGCAGAUACAAGCUCACCUAUGCAGAAGCCAAGACCGUCUGUGAAUUUGAAGGUGGCCGCCUCGCCACCUACAAGCAGCUAGAAGCAGCCAGAAACAUUGGAUUCCACGUGUGUGCUGCUGGAUGGAUGGCCAAGGGCAGAGUUGGCUACCCCAUUGUGAAACCCGGGCCCAACUGUGGAUUUGGGAAAACUGGUAUUAUCGAUUAUGGAAUCCGGCUCAACAGGAGUGAGCGAUGGGAUGCCUAUUGCUACAACCCACAUGCAAAGGAGUGUGGUGGUGUCUUUACAGAUCCAAAGCGAAUUUUUAAAUCUCCAGGCUUCCCAAAUGAGUAUGAUGACAACCAGGUUUGCUACUGGCACAUUCGGCUCAAGUACGGUCAGCGAAUUCACCUGAGCUUUUUGGACUUUGACCUUGAACAUGAUCCAGGCUGCCUGGCUGACUAUGUAGAAAUAUAUGACAGCUAUGAUGAUGUCCAUGGCUUUGUAGGAAGAUACUGUGGUGAUGAACUUCCAGAAGACAUCAUCAGCACAGGAAAUGUCAUGACCUUGAAGUUUCUGAGCGAUGCAUCCGUCACUGCUGGAGGCUUCCAGAUUAAAUAUGUCACAGUGGAGCCCGCAUCCAAAUCCAGCCAAGCCAAAAAUAUAAGUACUACUGGAAAUAAAAAGUUCUUACCUGGAAGAUUCAGCCAUCUAUAAAAAAUUUUUCAGGAGAUGUUCAAACAUUCAUGUUUGUAGCUUUUGGAUUUUCUUUGUUCUCACUUUUGUAUUUUUAUUAUUAACAUGUAUUUAUUAUUUUUCCAAAUGUGAAAGCAAUAUGUAAUCGUGGGGAAAAAUUGAAAAAUACAGCAAACGGGCUGGAGA